AUGGAGCUCGGGGGCCCCCGGGCGCCGCCGCCGCCGCUGCUACUGCCGCUGCUGCUGUUAGGGGUCGACCUCUUGCCUGCCAGCAGCCACAUAGAGACCCGGGCCCACGCAGAGGAGCGGCUCCUGAAGAGACUCUUCUCUGGCUACAACAAGUGGUCUCGACCAGUAGCCAACAUCUCAGAUGUGGUCCUUGUCCGCUUCGGCCUGUCCAUUGCUCAGCUCAUUGAUGUGGAUGAGAAGAAUCAGAUGAUGACAACAAAUGUAUGGGUGAAGCAGGAGUGGCAUGACUACAAGCUGCGCUGGGACCCCGGUGACUACGAGAAUGUUACCUCCAUCCGCAUCCCCUCUGAGCUCAUCUGGAGGCCGGACAUUGUCCUCUACAACAAUGCGGACGGGGACUUUGCAGUCACCCACCUGACCAAGGCCCACCUGUUCUAUGAUGGGCGGGUACAGUGGACACCCCCAGCCAUCUAUAAGAGCUCCUGCAGCAUCGACGUCACCUUCUUCCCCUUCGACCAGCAGAACUGUACCAUGAAGUUUGGGUCCUGGACCUAUGACAAGGCCAAGAUUGACUUGGUGAGCAUGCAUAGCCGCGUGGACCAGUUGGACUUCUGGGAAAGUGGGGAGUGGGUCAUCGUGGAUGCUGUGGGUACCUACAACACCAGGAAGUAUGAAUGCUGUGCCGAGAUCUACCCUGACAUCACCUAUGCCUUCAUCAUCCGCCGGCUGCCGUUGUUCUACACCAUCAACCUCAUCAUCCCGUGCCUGCUCAUCUCCUGCCUCACUGUACUGGUCUUCUACCUGCCCUCCGAGUGCGGUGAGAAGGUCACGCUGUGUAUCUCGGUGCUGCUCUCUCUCACUGUCUUCCUGCUGCUCAUCACCGAGAUCAUCCCGUCCACCUCGCUGGUCAUCCCCCUCAUCGGCGAGUACCUGCUCUUCACCAUGAUCUUCGUCACCCUCUCCAUCGUCAUCACGGUCUUUGUGCUCAAUGUACACCACCGCUCACCACGCACACAUACCAUGCCUGCCUGGGUACGCAGAGUCUUCCUGGACAUUGUGCCUCGUCUCCUCUUCAUGAAGCGCCCAUCUGUGGUCAAAGACAACUGCCGGAGACUCAUUGAGUCCAUGCACAAGAUGGCCAAUGCCCCUCGUUUCUGGCCAGAGCCUGAGGGCGAGCCUGGCAUCUUGAGUGACAUCCGAAACCAAGGCCUGUCACCUGCCCCAUCUUUCUGCAACCCUCUGAACACGCCAGUCGAGGCCCAGCCUACGUGCAAGUCACCCUCCCACAAGGCCCCUGAUUUGCAGACAUCACAGGUUGAGAAGACCAGUCCAUCACCUGGCCCCUGUCACUCACCCAACAGCACCAGGGUCCCGAUGCUCAUCAAAGCCAGGUCCCUGAGUGUCCAGCAUGUGCCCAGCUCCCAAGAAGCAGCAGAGGGUGGCGUCCGCUGCCGGUCUCGGAGUAUCCAGUACUGUGCUUCUCGAGAUGGAGCUGUCUCCCCGGCUGACAGCCAGCCAACUGGUUCGCCAGCCUCCCUGAAGGCCCAUCCAUCCAAGCUUCCACUGACAGACCAGACCUCUCCAUGCAAAUGCACAUGCAAGGAACCAUCCUCUGUGUCUCCAGUCACUGUUCUCAAGGCCAGAGGCCCAAAAGCACUCCCCCAACACCUACCCCUGUCACCAGCCCUAACACGGGCAGUAGAGGGUGUCCAGUACAUUGCAGACCACCUCAAGGCAGAAGACACCGAUUUCUCGGUGAAGGAAGACUGGAAGUACGUGGCCAUGGUCAUUGACCGAAUCUUCCUCUGGAUGUUCAUCAUCGUCUGCCUGCUGGGCACUGUGGGCCUCUUCCUGCCUCCCUGGCUGGCUGGUAUGAUCUAGAGACAUAGCAGUGGAAAGGCGAGCUUGGCCCAGCUCCCUGGUCUCUGUAGGGCCAUGCUACUCGCUAGUUACCCCCAUCUU